AUGAUAUCCCCAUCACCGUUACUUGUCAGCUGGAUCUGGAAGCUGCGAUUUCUUAGGGAUUGGAAUCCGAAACGGUUUUUGGUUCGAUCUGAAGAACCUGACUAUGCUGAUCGCGUCCGAGAGAACCGGAGGAUGAAAAGAAUGGCGUCUCGAUCCCAUCUGAAACGCACAACAUCACCUCCCAGUUGGAUGCCAAUCCUCCGAAGCUCACCAGGAGCAUCUGGCUUUCAUGCUUCGCGUUGCUACCAGGGUAUCGACAAGUACCAUGUUGGAGCUCGAAUAUCUGUUGGAUGUUCGGCGAAUGGAGGGGUGGAAGGGCGGCCGCCGGAUUCGCAUUCCGCGGGGGGUUGGAGUCGGAGUUGCAACCGAGAUUCAGAAUGGGCUCAAGGUCGACCGCUGCUGAGAGCUCCCUCCAUCCAAAUAUAUUCGGAGAGGCUCAUUUUGAUGUCUCAAGUCAUGCACAAGGAUCUUGGCUUAACUCGUUUCCCAACUAUGAACUGGAUGUUAAUUGCGAUGUAA